AUGCUCGUGAUCUUGCUGCCUCUACUGGCAUUGCUCGAGGUCGCCCUCGCCGCCAGCCGAUUUCCUUACUAUCAGUUGAUCCCACGUCCUAAGUCAGGGCAAAGGGCGCAGCAGCGAGUAUGUGGCACUGCUCACCCGGACGAGAACCUGAGCAAGGCGCUGCGCACACUCAAUACCGUUGAGCCUGAUGAGAACAACGAAUUGUGGUCCCCCGAGACCUUCUACCGCCAAAUCUUGAGCCAGCCCUUGGACAAGCGAGCCGGCGCCCUUAUCACAGUGCCGUUGUACAUGCACGUCGUGUCUGACGCCGUCAAUGCCAAUCCUGGAGCGCGCAUGUACGUCUCGGACACGCAGCUCACUGCUCAGUACAACUACAUCCAAGACGCCUUCGCCAAUAUCUCCGUGAGCUUUGACCUGCAGCCCACUACCCGCACGAUUAACGACCGCUGGGCCACCGGCCGCGACGAGUACCAGAUGAAACAAGCACUCCGCCAAGGGCCCUACAGCGCUUUGAACGUCUACAUCCAAUCCAACUUCACCGUCUACGACGACAACGGCAUUGCCGUGCCCCAACAGGUCCUCGGUGUGUGCACCCUCCCACUCGGCAACAUCACCACCACCUCCACGCCCGAUGAGUAUACAUACGACGGCUGCCAAGUCCUCUCCGGCACGCUCCCCGGCGGCGCCUCCGCCCCCUACAAUCUGGGCGGCACCGCCGCGCACGAGAUCGGGCACUGGUUCGGGCUGCUACACACAUUUGAGGACAACUCUUGUGCGGCGAAUUCGUGGGGAGAUUAUGUUGCGGACACGCCUCAGCAGAAGAACGCGACGUCGGGGUGCCCGCCGCGUAACAAUCAGCCUGAUUCCUGUGAUACGGGGGUGCCAGCGGGGUGGAAUGGGAGUCCUGGGCAGGGACCUAAUCCGUAUAAUCAGCAGGGGUAUAGUGGCGUUGAUAAUACGAGGAACUUUAUGGAUUAUAGUACGGAUGUGUGCUAUGAGUUGUUUACGGCGGGGCAGGGGGCAAGGGUUAUUAAUGGGUAUGGGUUGUGGCGGAAGGGGAAGUAG